CGGAUGCGGAUGUAAGCGCCGCUCUCUUUCCCCAGCCGCCAUUUUGUCUCUCCCACCCCGACCCCUCAGGAUGGCGCCCAGACCCCGCGGCCCAACGCUCAUCCCCGCCGCCCCUCAGCGCUGCCGAUAUCGCUGAGGACACUCUUUAUCACCUCUCAUGGAGCCAAACAGCCGCCAGCGGCCCGGCCCAGCCGUGGAUCCGGCUCAGCUUGGCUCGCUGCUCGGCUUCCCCAUAGCUUGGCCUAAGAGGCCCGGCUCGGCCCAACCCUCCGCCUCCCCCUCGGCCUCACCGCAGCCCAACCCGCCGUUCUCGUUGCUGCGGCUUCUCUCUCAGCUCCUUUCCCCUUUGCCUGCAUUGUUACAGCGGUUCCGACCCGGCCCGGCUUUAAGCAACGCCUUGUGCCCCGCUGGGCCUUCAGCUCCACCGCCCUCUAUGCUGCUGCUACACGAGCCGAGCGCUGAGCUGCAAUGGGACGAGGAGAAGAGAGCCUGGAGCCCACAAAGGGGCUGUGGGGAUCGGGGCUGGCUGUGCCUCAUGCUGGGCUCCUCUCCUUCAUUCUGGGAGCCAACAGCCCGACGUGCCGCUCUGCUAACAGCCAUCUACCGCAGCCUCUAAGUGCUGAAGCGUGGGGAGCACCCGGCCGGCUGCAUGAGAUGGAGAUGCUCCGAAGCAAAAGGCUGGAUUUUCUCCACUUGAGGGGCCUGGCAGUGCCCGAGCCGGAUCAUGGCUAUCACAGCCUGGAGGAGGAGCAGCAGCAGCACAGGGGAACUGUUCCAUGUGGGCAGCAUGGAGCCUGGAGGCAACACAGCGAGCUGGAGGGAGCCCGGGGUUUGGUUGAGAAGGGAGAGCUGCAGGAGGAACGUUUUGCUGCAGAGGACGGUGAGGGUUCUGAAACAGAACGAAGCCUGUUUGUGUCAGCUAGGCCUGCCUGUGCUAAUAAGUUAAUAGACUACAUCCUGGGGGGGACCUCCAGUGGGGAGGAGAGUGAGGAUGAUGAGGAUGACUGGGAUGAUGAUGAUGAUGAUGGGUUUGACAGCGAAGGGCUGAUGUCAGAUUCAGAUGACAGCAGCCAGGACGGAGAGAGGUUGCAUCUGUGGAAUUCCUUCUUGGAUCCUUACAACCUUCAGAACUUUACAGCAACCAUACAGACAUCGUCCAGCCAGCCGGGGAAGGGUAUGACCUGCACAGCUAAUGUAGGAGAGGAGGAGGAGGAUGAGGAGGAUUCUUCAUGGGCAGAGUCAUCUUCAGGUUCUCCUCACCCCAGUUCAGAAGAUGAGGACGAAUGGGAUUGUAACAGCGUGGACGAGGCAGAAAGCUUGAAACUUUGGAACUCAUUCUGUACCUCAGAUGAUCCUUAUAACCCUUUAAAUUUCAAGGCGCCCUUUCAAACAGCGGAGAAAAGAGGGAAGGCCGUCUUCAGAGGAACAGAAGGGCUGAGUUUGGUCACUUCUGAGCAUAGUCACUUAACUAUCUGUAGGGUACAGCUGGAAAAACAUAACUGUGGGGUCACAGACUUGGUGCAGCAUGGCAUUCUUUCUGGUGAAAAAUGUAGAAGUGCCAAGAGGAAAAAGGUGACCUUCCUUGAAAAGGUAACAGAGUAUUAUGUCAGCAGUGAGGAGGAUCGUAAAGGACCCUGGGAAGAGCUGGCACGAGAUGGCUGCAGGUUUCAGAAACGCAUCCAAGAAACAGAAGAAGCCAUAGGAUACUGCUUCACCACAGAGCAUAGACAGAGAGUUUUCCAUAGACUCCAAGAAACCAACCACAAGGAGGAGGAUCUCUUCUAGCACCUUAAAACAUGCAGUGGUUGUGUGACCCUGAGCACUCGCAAACACCUUCCAAACAAGAAUUGGCAGCUGUUUUGAAAUGGGGAGAAAACUUUUUCCCCUAGUUUAAUAUUCAGCCAACAAAUACACCUGUGUGUGCGUCCCAUUUUGAUAUCCAGACCAAACCUCCUUGAGGCUGAGGGUGGUAUCAUUGUGUUCCCCUUAAGUAAAGCCUGAGAAACAGACUGCUUUAAGUUCAAUCCAUUCCGAAAAAUGCCUUGUCUGCCAUAUGUUGAGAAGUGGUGGCUGUUAAGUUGGAAUUUUGCACUUUGAAAAAGCAAAGCAUAUUUUGAAGGAAAUAUUUAUGGGGUUCAGAACCUCGUUAUUGCAGUUUUGAUUUAAAGUUUCUGCUGGUUUUGUGGUUCUUUAUGUUUUCUUCUGUUAGCUGGUAAUGUUAACCUUGCUGUGCAAAGCAAGGAGCGUUCUCCUUCCUUCUAAGGUCCCAGCUUUGCGUGUGACUGUUGGAUUGUGUGGCACUUUGAUGUCUUAAUACAUCAGUCUAUGACACUGAGGGAUUCAGGGGAGCUCUGGUGCACUGUACACCCUUUGGGUUGUCUCUAUUUAAGUCAUACCUUUACCCAGUCCUGUUCCAAAGGGUGUUGUCCUUGUGAACCACCUCUUUGCUUUCAGGGCAAUAAAAAGCCUCAUUGUGAUCAAUAACUGAAGCUUCAGUGCAUAGAAAAGCUUGUGGCUGAUGCUCUGAGUUGAUGUAGUUGUGCACAGGGAGCUGCACCAUCAUUCUACAGAUCAUAAAACAACUUCACCGUGAUGGAUUCUGCUUGUUGAAGAUGGAUUGAAGUGAAGUGUUGUUCAUUUUUGCUUUUAUCUGGUCCUUGCAAGGGGAAUUAUCUUCAGCUUCUAGAAAUCUUAACACUAGGCAUGCUGUGUUCUUUACCCAAAGCAGUAUUAAUACCUCUAGGCAUCUUUACCUUUGUUCACCUGGUUUCCAAACAGCAAUUUCAUGUCUGGGAUCUCACCCUUGAGGUCUGCAGUGGAAGGAAGGCCCUUAUUAUUGGUGCUCCUACCUUUAUGUGUUUCACUGCUAUUCAGUCAAAGUAAAACAGGGCAGCUUGGAUGUGCUUAUGGAGCUGAAAGAUGGUGGGUUUCACUUGGCCAGGCCAUGAGAUUGUGCUGUGGAAUAAACACCAAACAUUAAACCUAGUCAGUUUGCACAGCUUUUCUGUGGUUAGGAGUUGGUUUUGCUGUGUUGUUUGCUAACUGCUCUGCUUUUCUGUCUAGGAAAAAGCAUGCAGGCUGAUUGAUGUGUUAGAAUUAAGGCAGCGUGUUGCUGUGUGACCCUCGCAUGGCUGAUAAAUCAAAACGCUGUUGGUAAAAUACACAAUAAUGAUUUUUCCAUGGCAUUCCCACAUCUAUUUGCUCUAGGAGAGCUUGCUGUGCUCCAGCUGCCACACCUGGUUGCUGGCAUGAAGCUCUGGAAUGAUGUGAAUUAACACCUGCUCUGAUCUUUGCUUUCUAGACACUUGGGAAAGGCUGCAGCUGAAAGGAGCAGCGUUGACAAAUGGUCCCUAAACUCCAUUGCCAAACUGCUGCUUCCAACAGCACCUUUUGAUCUCUGAGAUGAUUCAACACCGAGCUCUCAGUCCUAAACCUGGUGGCUCUCAGUGUGAAAUUGCUGCUUGGAAAGUCUUUCAGUCCCAUUUAAGGUGCCCAAUGUGAUAAGUCAUGAAACACUAAAUUAACGAGCAAGCUAAGCUGAUUGGUCACCAUUUUCCCCUAUGCUGGACCUUAAGGGGGUCUUGCAGGACGUGUAUGUGUGUGGUUUGAGGUGUGAAAACCAACGCUUAUUGAACUUUAAAUCAAAACUGUGACGAGCAGAUUUUAUUUUUAUAUUAUUUAGAGGAAGCCAAGAGCCCUUCAGCCAUCGGCUUUAUUACAGAUUUCAGUUGAUUUCUUGUCGAGUUGGUUGGGUUUUUAUAGAUCAAAAGUUCUAUUUCUGUACAUAACGAAACUAAUCUGUAAAUUGUAAUAAAGGUAUUUGCAGGAUAA